GAAAUUCCACGGGAUGUAUUGGCGAAAGUACAGUGGACUUUCUGCAACGGCGAAAGUCCUAUUGGCGAAAGUCUUAUUGGCGAAAUUCCGGAACCCCGGGUAGUCUAUAGUUCGUACAAGUGAAUUUUGCUAGAAAUGAGCCUCUCACAUAUGCAGAGUUUUUAUUCAGCAUGUAGGCCGAAGGAGCAGCGCCCUUCCUGGAGUUGGCGGUUAUUGUACCGUGCACUCUGUGUCUGUGUUCUCAAAAAUAUGAUGUUCGCUCUCCCGGAGUUUUAAAUCAUUUCUCAGGAAGAGAAAAUCUGGAUGAAAUAUUGCAAAUAUGAGCACAUUCGUAUUCUGAACAGUGGCUGCUUGUUUCUGGUCUCAUGAGCAAUAAUAAUAACCUCUGUUACAUAUGUUCUAUUACUCACGUGUAAAAUGGAAAAAGAAUUAAUGAUAUGUGUAUUGCGUUAUGAUAAACAAUCAUAGAAAAAGGGAUGUGCUAGCCGCGGAUAUUUAAAAGAAGACAAAAAUAGAAACAGUGUUGAGUGUAACAUCUAGCUGUUUUUAUGUUAAUAGCUUUCGAUAGGAGCAAGAUAGAGACAUGCGGAUUUUGGAGAUCGUAAAGUCAAAUUAUAAUUUGAUUGGUUUCGCAAUUGAUCAAUCAGGUGAGUUCGAGAAAGCUUUCCCGUUGUGAUCAUUCGAUAUAAAAAUUCGUUCUCUUUUGAUCCACACAAAUCCAACGUCUGUAACUUGCUCUGUUCAUGAUUUAUAAGGGUCUUCUAGAGAUCGCUAUUCCAGCCUAAUGACCAUGGAGCACUCCAAAAAGAAGUCAAGACGAAGAUAAUUCUCCACUCUGGAUCUAGUGGUAAUGUUCGAUUUCAGUUUCAAAACAAUCUAAAAUCAUUAUAACUAGAUUUUCGAAAUGUAAAAUUGCGCUACUAUAUCGUGAAGAGUCGAUAUUUCAAAACUUUUGUUAUAAUAGUUUUAAAUCGCUUUGAAACUGAAAAUAAACAUUAAGACUUGACUCAGCAUGAUGAAUUACCUUUGUCUUGAUCUUCUUCGGAGUGUUCUAUUGUCAUUAGGUUGAAAUAGGUAUCUUUGGAAAACUCUUAUAACUUUUGAACAGAAUAAAUUAGAGACGUCUGGUUUGUAUGGAUCGAAAGAGAACGAUUUUUUCAGUCGAAUAAUUACAGCCUAAGUUGGGCAGUUUUCUAAAAUACCGUUUGUGAAAUCUCCCGCAAAAGAUUACCUGGUUGGCCAGACGCUGGAUCAAUCACACUUGAGCUGACUUUAUGGGCUCUCGAUGUCUUCCUUUAGAUAGUGAAAUUCAUAAGUCUCUACCUUGUUCCUAUCGAAAGUUAUUCAAAAAACAUUGACAUUGAUCCCACGAUGGUGCCCAUAUUACAAAAGUUUUACUGUAGAUGAAAGAAGAAACAAUGCUGUAUUUCAUAGGUUGAUUUUCGUGAAACAUUUGAAAAAGAUUUUAAUCCUACGAAUUGGUUACAAUUAGGACCUUAUCGACAUGAAAUCAAUAGAAUUAUAUGGACAACAAUAAAUCGACAGGCUAUUACUCGACCAAUUGAUUUAAGGCCAAUGCGUGGUAUUAAAUGGACAUAUAAUUUAGAAAAUAUUUCGAAGACAUGUAACACUUCAAUUUAUUUAUUAAUAUCGACAGAUGGUACAUUAACAUGGUCGAUUCUUCAUCGAUUUAAUUUACCAAUUAAAAAUAUAACAAUAUUAAACACAUCUAUUGAAUUAUUAGUCGAAUUUAACAAUCUUAAUACAAAAUAUCAUAUAGGACAAUUUCGAUGGUUUCAACCAUUAUCUUCUAAAUGUAAUAAUUUUACAUGGGGUCUUUCAAAAAUAAUAUCAAUAAAAUCGAUUAAUAUUGACUUUCUAACUGAUUAUUUUUAUACAAUAUCAUCAUCACGUUCAAAUUGGGAAUCAAUUGAUGGUGCUCUACUUGCUCAACCUGAUCAAUGCAAUAAUAAUAUACCAGCUUUAAUAUUUCAUGAAAGUUCAUUUUCAGUUAUUACUGUACCUAUUCUUGUACAAAAAUUCUAUGUUCUUGUUCUUCAAUUUAAUACAAAAUGUACAGGAAAUGCUGAUAUGAAAACAUUACAAUGUCGUAAUCUAACAAGUAUAAUUGAAUAUCGAACUGAUUUAUCAUUAAAAUGGGUGAAACUUAUUGAUAUGGCUGAUUUAGCAUGUCGAACAAGUUUAAUUAAUGGAGGCUAUCUUAAUAUGCAUACAAUUAAAUUACCUUUUGAAACAUAUUCAAGACUUGAUAUUGUACCGAUUUCUAGAUAA